AUCUUCCCACUUCCCUCCUUCACCCUCACACCAUACCCUCGCGCCUCCCAUCCCUACCACCUCUCCCACACCAACCAGCAACCAUGAAGCUCCUCCUCUACUUCCUGCCCUCCCUCGUCGCCGUGCAAGCCGGCUGGCUAGGCGCCUCCUCCGAGCUUGCCCUCUCCAACGACACCGACGUACCCGGCGAGAACCCGCUCAAACACUGUGCAGACCCCAAGGACGACAUCCUCGAUCUCGAGAGCGUAGACAUUUCCCCCAAUCCUCCUCUUCCCGGCACCCCACUCAAAAUCGUCGCAACGGGCAACCUGACGCAAAAGGUGGAAGAGGGCGCCACCAUCGCACUGCAAGUCAAGUACGGGCUCAUCACCAUCAUCAAGCAGACCGCCGAUCUGUGCGAGACGGUCAAGAACGUCGACCUCAAGUGCCCGCUCGAGGUGGGCGAGUUGACGAUUGAGAAGGAGGUGGACCUGCCCAAGGUCAUCCCGCCGGGCAAGUACCAUGUCAUUGCCGAUGUGCAGACCAAGGACGACGAGAAGGUGACCUGUUUGACGGCCGAUGUUGAAUUCAAGAGGGGUGGUGGUGGAGAUGCGUUGAAGUUCAAGCAGGAUAUGUAGAAGCGAGAGUAAUGGUGGGCGAGACUUGGAGUACGAAGUUCCCAGGCAAUGGCGGCGGAGUUGUGUGCAUUGCGGACGGCGCAAGGACGACGCAUGUUCAUUGGUGGCCGAGAGUAAUAUCUUUAAUAGUGCGACAUGAACGAGGAUAAUCCGCUGUAAAUACGCGAU